AUGUCGAUAACACCUGAUGCUCAGUCAGAGGAGAAUUUGCAAGGUUCAUGGGUGGAAUUGCACUUCAGCGGGGCAGCCUCACAAAGAAGUCAAGAGCUCGUAUUGCCCACGUCCACUCAACAACAGGAUGACGUGGAGAACAUGCUGCUGGACGCCCAACACGAGUCGGGCAGAAACAGUUCAGGCGGAAGUUCGCAGUGCAACAGCCCAUGCAGAGCAUUGACGCCCCCUGUGUCGAGAAGUUCUGGGGGAAGCAGCCUACAGUCAGAUGAGGACCUUCAGGAAAGAAGACAGGAGGUGGAGCUAAUGAUGAAGAAAAAUGCUGACUGGAUCUGGGACUGGUCUAGUCGACCCGAGAACAAUCCGCCAAAGGAGUUCCUGCUCAAGCACCCAAAGCGCUCCACGCCGCUCAGCAUCCGCAAUAGCAGCGUCAUGAGGAAGGGCGGCGUCCUCUCGCCUGAUUUCCUGCAGCUGUUCUUGCCCUCGCUAAUCAUCUCACACAUACUCGCCAUCGGCCUUGGGAUAUACAUCGGGAAGCGGCUGACAUCCCACAGCACCUUGUGA